UUUGUAUAUGUUCUUCAAUCUUUCAAAUACUUAUAAGGACAUAGUUAAUUAAUGUUUGUUCAAAACUGAGCAUUUCACUGGAAUUCUUUGUUGAUGUAUUAAAUUAGUUUCCUCUGAUCUGAACUUUGGAUCUGAAGUUAAGGAAAAGGUCGCCGCUAAAACUCACUACGUGUUUUUCAAAUAAACCACUAAUUAAAGUGUUUAUUUUAUCACUAACAACAUGGGAGAUUCUGGUGAUGCACAAACUUCAACUGGUGAGCCUAGACCUUCUAGGGGCUUGAAUUUCGAAGCACUCAAAUUACAUGUCCUAACUCAUAAAAUAGAUUGUGGCCUAUGGGCUAUCAGAAUAUUGGCUAUUUUGUUUGCCAUAGGAUAUUUUAUUCCUAUUUUUGGGAAUGCCCAAAGUGCUUACUACAAAGUUCUCAUUGCAAAUGCAGCUAUUAGUGCAUUGCGUUUGCAUCAAAGAUUGGGAAGAGUGACUUUUACCAGAGAAUUCCUUGCACAACUGCUGACUGAAGAUAGUUGCCACUAUCUUUUCUAUUCCUUGAUUUUCCUUUAUGUUGCUCCACUCAGUUCGCUAUUCAUACGAUCCGACCCCUUUAGGGGCAGAGCUAGCCAGCUGACGCCGUUCUACUACCAAUUCCUGACGCAGCGCUACGCGUCCCGGCGCAACCCCUACACGCCCAACAUGUUCUGCGAGCUGCACAUCCUGUUGGAGAGCACCAUGGGCAGAGCCAGCCUGCUGACGCCGUUCAUCUACUACCAGUUCCUGACGCAGCGCUACGUGUCCCGGCGCAACCCCUACACGCCCAACAUGUUCCGCGAGCUGCACAUCCUGUUCGAGAGCACCAUGGGCAGAGCUAGCCAGCUGACGCCGUUCAUCUACUACCAAUUCCUGACGCAGCGCUACGCGUCCCGGCGCAACCCCUACACGCCCAACAUGUUCUGCGAGCUGCACAUCCUGUUCGAGAGCACCAUGGGCAGAGCCAGCCUGCUGACGCCGUUCAUCUACUACCAGUUCCUGACGCAGCGCUACGCGUCCCGGCGCAACCCCUACACGCGCAACAUGUUCCGCGAACUGCGCAUCCUCUGCGAGAACACGGCCGCCAAGCCGAGCGUGCCCGCCGUGGUCAAGAGGGCGUUGUUGGCUGGUGUGGCGUUCACGUGCCGUUUGGCGCCUGCGCAAGUGGUGCCGGGUCAGCAGCAGUAAACAUAAACACGGGAGGGGGGGAAGUUGGAUGUGUUUUAGGAAGGGAGGUUCUUGUAACUUUGGUGUAUUCUUGGAUUGUUUAUAAAGAAACGGUUGAAGUUACCGUAUAGUGUCGCGAAGCAAUCAAAACCACACCAAUUCGGAUUAUCAGAUUGGUCGGAUGAAACAACGAACCUUUGAAAAAAUAACAAAAAUUAAAAACCAAUCGGUCGCAAUUACCCAGCAAGAAGAUAUGUAACAAUUAAAGAGUAUGAAUACUUAUGUAUCCUUUUACUUUUGUCUCCUUUUCUCAUUGUUUCUGCAGAAAGAGUAUCCGAAGAUAUAUGUUUACAGAAAUUUGCAAAAUAUAAUUCCAAUUUUCAGGGCAUACUAUGUUAUUUAAAUUGCGACCACUGAAUUCAGCUUCCUUCAAUUCGGUUGAGUGCAAAAUUUCAUUGGAAAAUUUCAAUUGGCAACACCAUUACCAUUUUUAAUGAAUAUUUCAGACAAUUCUGACAGAUUUCAUAAGGCUGCUCCGGGAGAUCAAU